CUGUUCAACUCGUUGCUGAAGAAUUAUUUGAACCCCUGUCUCUGGAAAGUACUUUGCACAAUAGUUUUGGUCGAUCCGGAGCCUUUAGUUUCAACCCUGAAGAAAACCUCGAGUUAAACAAGGACUGCGUUGAGGACCCUGUCGUUAUUUCACCCGAGACGAGCUCAUACGAGGACCUGCCAGAUGACAGCGACUUUCGUUAUUUCUGCUCGUCCAUUGAAACACUUCGCAGCCUCACUCCUGUUGAAGAUCAGACCUCCAUGUACGAGAUCAUUCCGAGUUUUAGCCCGAGGAAAAGUACUCAGGAGAGGACAGAAUCUGCUAAAGAGGACAUGAGCUCAACGGCAGAGAGCCUCUGUUUUGUUGAACUAGCCGCAAUGUCGUUCAACGAAAACAACGAAACGGGGACCAGGAACAGAUUGAUAGAAACUGACGUCGCCCAAUGUGAUCUAAAUUCCACGCAAGGGCAGAGUUCUCCAAAAUCGAAGGUUCUUCUGGGCUGGCCUCAAGAAAUGAACUCUGGCAGUCCCUUUCAGAAUUCUGCUGAGGAAAAUAUCAGUCAGCCCACCAUGCUUCCACAACUAAAUAUGGGUGCCAUCCACGCUAAAAGCUUGGAUUCCCGUUUGUCACAGUGCUGCGUCCCUGUUUGGGAGACCCUUACAGGAAGGGGCAUCAUGGAAGAACCAGAUCUGACGCUAGUAAGCUCUAAUGACAUCAGCACUGCAGAAUCAGAGCUUAUACACGGUGAUCAUUUGGAAGCAAAGGACUGUCCCCAGUUAUAUUGUCAGAGCUUGCACCGGUCCACAGCAGCCUACAGGAAGCGUUUCUGAAGCAGAAGAGAGAUUUCAUCGAGAGAUCUUUGAAAAGGGUGGAGAAAGUAAAAAAACGAGAGCGGAGCUCUGAAAAGACCCAGCCGAAGGAAUUACCACUGAAAAAACCACAACUGCAUAAACGAAAAGCAAACCGGUCGCCUCAUGACUGUAUAAUAAUCUGGCGGAAGUGAAAAACAGAAAGGAAGAGAAAGACAGGAAAGAAAAUUACGCCAAGAACAGGGAAAGAGCAAAAGAAUUCCAAAAGAAAACAUUGGAAAAACUACGAGCCAGAAAAAUCAAUUUGAAAACCUAGUAUUUUGCAGACGUCCCGCCAAUGGAGGAUAAUUUAUCAGCUUUGGAUUUGAGGUCUCUGCGAUAAUUAAAAAUUAUGAGGCAGAAUUUGAGACAAUUCACAUUUGGUAUGGCUGCAUUUGCAAAAUGCCCAAUGCUGUGUAUAUAGACCAUUGUUGUCUCCAAUUAUGGCUUUUCAACUCAAAAAGAUUUUCAUUUCCAAAUGUCACAUUUGAUUUUUGUACUAUUUUACCUAUUUAUAAUAAAAUAUUUGCCAAAAUGCAGAUUGACAAGUUAUUCAAAAGCCAUGUUCCUUUCCGCUUGCCUUUUAAAAAUGUGUGCCAUCAACUGAAUGAGACUUAUUGUCAGCCUCCUGGCCAAACAAUCCAGAUGAUGGAGAAUGAGAAGUGAUUGAGGAAGAAUAGCCAGCUUACCUUGGAAAUUUCAGCUGCCACUAAGAGAAAACCCCUGAACACAAUCUGUGAUUUUUCCCAGCGCCUGCUGAAUUAAAAGCUGGAGGCUGGCCUAAUGAAAGGACUAAGAACCUCACAUGCCACUAAUCAGGCUUCAGUCAGUGGUUGAGAACGACUGUCCGCCGGAUGACUGGGCAGAGUAAUUCAAGUUGCAGCCUACAUCCUUCGACGCUCUUCCAACGGCUCCGGAGAAAAAUGCAGCAAUUUUUGCAUCAAAAAUGGCAGCCGGAAGUUUUUCCCUGACUUAAAAUGGCCACUGCAGUGACGAGCGGGCUGAAGGUGCCAAAAACUCAGAUGGAAAGUGAUGGCACCAAAGCCUGGGUCCUCGCAUCACUGACCGUCACGCCAAAUCCCUGAAUUACAGCGCAAGCGGCUGGGCCCUCACCGCUGUGCUAAGAGAAAACACGAUCGCGUCGGCUUGCGUCACCUAGCAGCUCAGAGAGCCGCCCGCACCCAGAGAAGCCUGGGACACACUGGUAAGGUACAGCUGCUCUCCGAAAUCAACAAUAAAGAUUCAAACAGACCUGUUCUCUUUGUAGAGAAGAAAAUGAAGGAUGGGGAGUCCAAGUUAAAAGGUAAAUGUUCAUUAAUAGCUGGAACCACUUUAAAACGUGUCCACUGGGCUAGACUGAAUUGAAAAAAUCUGGGGUGCCGGCAGCAGAGGCAUGGCUAAAGAUCUUUCAGUUCAAUCCAAGGCCGUCAGACAGAAUUUAACCCAUGCUUGGACUCUCCAAGCAGCGCACAAAAGAACUCUGAUUUUUCUUAACCUGCAUUAAUGAGCAGUCUCAGUCUGAAUCUGCUGUGUUGCUUUCUAGAAGCUCGCGGGAGACAUAAAAAAAAAGAUUCAGAGGAUACAAGUUCACGAAAUAAGAUUUCACAGGUUGUGUGAUUUAUUAAAUAAGCUGAUUCAUUAAUCAACCAUAGUACAGCAAAACCACAAAUACAAUUGGAGAGAGCUAGGUUAUUCAAAGAAAAAUCUGUUUAACAAUGAGAAGCACUCCAGAAUAUGGCUGCUUGCAAGAAGCACACCUCACGGCUUUGUAAGUUAAUCAGCAGGUUCCACAAUUUUUCAAGCAUUACUUAAUACCCAAAUAUUUGGGCAGAGGCCAUUCUGUCCCAUGUCUUCCCCUUGGCAUUCUUCCAAGAGCCAG